GGCGGAGGGGAGGAGAGGAGGGGAGUUUGGUUUUCAAGUCAAGCCAAGUCGAUCACACUCAAAUUUUGAAAUUUGGAAAGAAUAAUUUAACGUGUUUAAAGUGUUGUCAUCAUUGAGGUGCACCUUCCCUGAGUUAAAGCAACCCUCCUCGUCGCUUGUCUAAUGUCCGAAAAGAAGAUCUUGUGCAUUUGCCUCGGCAACAUAUGCCGAUCGCCAAUUGCAGAGGCGGUGUUCGCCAAGUUGAUUAAAGAGCGGAACUUGGAAAGUCAAUGGAGCGUCGACAGUGCAGCUCUGGGCCCGUGGCAUGCUGGCAACAAGCCGGAUCAUAGAGCUUUGUCAACACUGAAGAAGCAUAAUGUACCGUAUGACAAUAGGGCACGCCAGAUAACUAAGGAAGAUUUCAAUAAAUUUGACUACAUUUUUGGUAUGGACGACGACAACAUGUCAUCACUUGAGAGGAAAGCUCCUGAAAAUUCUAAAGCUCAGUUGCUUCUUUUGGGAUCCUUUGAUCCAGAGGGCGAUCGCAUUAUUCGAGACCCUUACUAUGACGAUGGUGACGCAGGGUUUGAAAAAUGUUAUCAGCAGUGCAUGCGGUCCUGCUCUGCAUUUCUAGACAAGCUGGUCUAGCUUACUCUCUAAAUCAACUGUGAUUUCUACUGCAUUCCCUUGUGGCUUUUAAUUAAAAUUUCUUUGGUAUUUUAAUAAAACAAGAAGCAGCCUUACUCAAA